UGUUGUUCCUGUGGUAAUGUGGCAGCUGGGACUAUGGCCAGCUUCAGUCUGCCUGGCAUCACAUAAGCCAGCCCACAGGGUCCUGCAGCUUGUCCUUUCUGGCUGGAAGCUCUGGGCAUAGCCUGGGACUGGGUCUCUCCCGAGAAGGCUGUAGCCAGGGCCCUGCCAGCCUCGGGGGCCACAGCAGCUCUCACACCAGCAUCUUGCUGGACAGGAGCAGUUCCAGGAUGCUCUGAUCACACCUGAUCAUCGUCACUGCCAGAAUUCAAGGCAGCUGCCUGCCAUGGCCGAGAGGUGCGCCACAGCUUAACCCGCUCAGUGAUGGACUCCAGUGCCCGCAAGAUGUCUCACCCGAGUAAGAAGUGGAGGAUCCAGGCCCAGGAGAAUUUUGCCAAGAAGUUUCCAUACAGGUUGUCGUGGCUGACAGAGCCCGACCCUGAGCCCCUGCAGCCCUGGGAGGUCACAAAAAACUCGAACACCGUGCAACUGCCCCUGCAGAAGAGGUUGGUGCCAACGAGGUCCAUCCCAGUCCGAGGGGUUGGUGUGAGGAUUAAAAAGAGUAUGAAUGUCACUUCUAGGACUUUAUCCCAAAUGUACACUCACACAGUAAUGUAAGGAGCGUGGUGUGGCUGCUGGAGGCUGGUGAUGCCUUUGGAAAGCAAGACAGCAGCACUGGGCAAUGGAGUGCCUGCUGAAGAUUUAAGGGUCCCCCCACUUUGUUCUACAAAGACAGGGGCUAGAAAGUCACCUUGGAGUCCUUGGGAGGGUAAAUAAAAUCAGGACAUUUUGCAGCUUUCUCCCUGGAGUAGGGGCAGGGGGACCCCACUAAGUGGGGUGGGCAAGUGGUUUUAUUGUCUCUGAAAGGAGGUGAAGUGAGGACCCUUGUGAUGAAAAGAUUGAAGGGGGUUGGCUUCCCAGGCCCUGGGGGCAGGACAGGGAUGGGUUCCCAACCUGCAAGAAGCAGAUCCUGGAGAAACGUCUGUGGUAUUCGGGGAAGGGUGACCGGGCUGCAUUGUGCUGCCCCAGCCAAGACUCCAGGCUCUCUCCCCAGGUGGGGCCCCAGGUCCAUGCAGGGGACUCACAGUGUUUGCCUGGGGAUGGAGUACAGCUUCCAGCAGCAU